AUGCGAUCCUCAAACACCGACUCUUUCUUCAUUCAGGGUUCUCGGCGUUCGAGUUCCAGCGAGUCCUCCGGUGAAAGUGAACUCCUCUUGCGCUCUGAACUACGGGAACAAGAGCAUCGAGCCCUCAUUGAGCUAGAACUCUGCAAGGUACGUAUUUUUUUGAGAUCAAAUUGCUCUUCUCCCCUCAGCUGGAUUGAAGCCGGUAUUUUAAAUGGUUGGUAA